AUGGGCGUCCCUCCUCCUAGAUCUUCUCCACUUCGAUCUGCAGUCACUCUUUACCGCGAUUUGUUGUGGGCCGCCUCCAAGAUCUUCCUCUCACUCCUCUCUUUCUCCUCCGCCCUCCGCCCUCCGCCCUCCGCCCUCCACACCCAAACCCUCGCCAACGCCGUCGAAAUCCUCUCGGAUUCGGGCUACACCUCCAUGUCCCUGACCCUCGACCUCCCCUUCCGCUCCCUCCUCCAUUCCCGCUCUCCUUCCGUCACCCUCUUCGCCCCCAACGACGCCACAUUUUCUCACUCCGGCCAGCCGCCGCUGAACCUCCUCCCGCUCUAUUUCUCUCGCCGAUCCCUAAAGUCCCUCCCUUCCGGCGCCAAGAUCGCAGCUUUACUCUCCGACCGCACUCUCACCGUCACCAACGUUAGCGUCACUGCUUCCCCAAUUUUUGACGAUUGGUCGCUGAUCAUUUUUGGAAUCAAAAGGUUCUUGGAUCCGUACUUUCAGAUAUCCGAUUGGAAGCUACACCCCCGAGAACCUCGGUUGCUUGGCCCCCAAGGAGAACCCAGAUCAGAGGAUGGAGCUCAGAGACGGUUCCGCCGCGCUGAGAUCCAAGGGGUGCUCUGUCAUGGCGUCGUUUCUUGAGCUGCAAUUUCAUGGUUCUUUCUUCAAGUUCCAGACGAUGCUGACUGCCUUUGCUCCGCUUGACCAAGUUCUUAUGAACCGGGUCGGAAACUUGAGC